AUGGCAGCUAAACCCAGAUAUACAACCACGCCUUCGUACUCCUCCAAGGUUCUUUUCCGAGGGAGCGAGGAAUAUGACCGCUGCAGACGCAACAAUCCUACGGCAGCCACCCCAGAACGGUACCCACGCGAGAUACACAUCGUGACUUCUCCAGAGGACGUCUGCAUCGCACUAAAGCGAGCUGCUGACCUGAAUACAAAUGUCGGCAUUCGUUCUUCAGGGCACAUUAUGAACAUGGGAAACCUAAUCCAAGACGGCAUCCUCAUCGAUACUAUCAAUCUAAAUCGCCAUAUUGAGUACAACCCGAAAUCCCACGAGAUUUGCUUUGGGCCCGCCGUGCGGACCGAAGAGCUAUCCAAGAAGCUGGGCGAGAUCAAGAGGUUCUUUCCACACGGCCAUGCACCGACAGUCGGUGCCGCUGGAUUCCUUCUUGCCGGUGGACAAGGGUGGUUCUUGCGAGGUUGGGGUGCGACCAACCAGACUUGGAUCAACAAGAUGGAGAUCGUAGUCCCGGACGGUCAAACGGUCAUUGCAAGUCCAACCGAGAAUGAAGAUCUCUGGUGGGCUGCGAGAGGCAGUGGACUGGGAUUUUUCGGCGUGGUCACUCGUUUCUGGUGCCGAACAAUACCAGCCUCCACCAUGUGGGAAAGAAUAUUCAAGUUCGAGCUAGGAGACAAGUACGAGGAGUUGAUGACAUGGGCCGUUGAACGAGGCCGUGAUACUCCCAAAUAUGGCACCGAUCUCAAUCUGACCAUCGACUAUCCCGAGAAGUACGACCAGAGUUACACGACAGAUGAGAUCCCAGCCGGUGCCAAGCUUGUCCUGACCUUGAACUUGCUUUGUUAUGCCGACACAAUGAGAGAGGCCAAGACGUUGCUGGGCGCUUAUGAUAAGAUCCCCUUAGGGGUUCGUCAACAGCUCAUUGAGAUGAGACCCGUUGAGAGGAGAACUUUUCAAGAAGUCUUCGACCGUAAGCGUGGGUUCUUGGGCAAUGAUAAGACCCAGCGAUGGCAGAUCAACAGCAUCAUGAACGACCCAACAGUUCCUUUGCCGAAGUUAUUGGCAACCAUAAAGCCUGCACUGACGGAAUUCCCUACACGAACAACAUCUGUCUUCAUGUGUCACUGUGAUAUCCUUCCCAAUGAGGAGGACGGUGCUUUGAGUCUGGUUCAAGACCUGUACAUCUCGACCAUAACAGGUUGGACCGACCCCAAGCUAGAGCCCGCAAUUCAGCAACCCAUGCGUGAGAAGUAUUUCCAAGCAUGGCCUGUGAGCGUUGGACAGUACAUAACAGAGAUCGACGUUAACAAUGACGAUGCUAAUAUGAAGGUACUUUCCGAUACCGCAUUGGCUAAGUUCUUGGGGAUAAGAGAAAAGUGGGAUCCGAAGGGUUUGUUCCCAAAUUACAAGACAUUCAUCAGGGCUCACGACAAGAUGAAUGCCCUGGCCGCCGCCCAGAAUAAAAGGGCGCGUCUCUAG